AUGUAUCCAAAUACUAGCGAAACAAAUAAGGAUUAUGGAGAAAAUGGGGAUGAAAUAAAUUAUGAUAAUUUAGCUAAUUCUAUGCUGGAAAAAAUGGAUAAGCAAAUAUAUGACGAAGCAUCAGGUUUUAAUUCGAAUUCAGAAUAUAUUAACAAAGGGGAAAGAAAAGAAAACAGUUCUGCUAAUAAUCUUUAUCAAGAUGAAAAAACAAAUAGCCCAUAUAAUAUGAGAAUAGGAACAAAUGAAUACAGUAACGCUCAUAGAGAAAAUACAAUAGAUGAGCACACUUUAUAUGGAGGUUCAUAUCCUCGUAAAGUUAUGACAGCAUUGGGACCAUUGCCUUUACCCGAAGAAUUCAAAAAAAAUAUUCCUGAAAAAUUUGUAGCUAAACCUAUAAUAGAAGAAAGAGAAAUAUAUGUAUCUAAAAAAGAAAGAAAACAAAGAGAAAUAGAAAUACCCCAUGUAAAAUAUGAACAUACUUUUGAAAAAAUCAAAAAAUUGUUAAAAGUAAAUAAAUUAGUACCAAGUGUGUCUGAAGUAAUUAAAGAAGUACCAAAAGAAGUUCUAAAACCAGUAAUAGAAGAAAAAAUAAUUGAAGUACCACAAGGAGUAAAAUAUAUAGAAGUUCCAGUAGAAGUUCCAUGCUUGUAUCCUCCAAAAAUUGUACCAAAAGUAGUAACUCAAUAUGUAGAAAGAAUAGUAGAAACAAUAAAACCAGUAGUUCAGGAAAAAAUUAUAGAAGUCCCACAAACUGUUAUAAAGCAAGUACCAAAAAUAAAAACAGUUGAAGUUCCUUAUUAUGUCCCUAGAUACGUUGAAAAAGUUGUUGAAGUUCCAUUUAAACCUAAUGGAGAAAUGCCACGAUUAGGUACACACAUUCCUUUCCCUAUUUCAGAAUCAUUUCCACCAUUAAAACCGACACAACAUUUGAAUAACAAUCAACCCCAAUAUGGAUUUGAUGAAAACCAGCAUACUAUGAUACCUCAAUUGUAUUGUAACACAUUUAAUGAGCAACAAGAUUACCGAAAUAAUUCUGAACAAAAUAUGCAAAAUCAAGAAAAUACUCCAUUAACUGUUUUAAAACCAAUAAACUCGAAAUUUGCAAAUAGUAAUAAUACUCAUAAAAAUUCCCUAUUAUCUACAAAUUCAUUUAUGAGAUCAAAUAUGGAUUAUAGACAAAAUAAUUCGAAUUUGUAUACACAGAUAGAAAACCUACCAAAUAUACACAAUUUGCCAGAGGGACUAAAAUGGAACUAUCCUGAUGGAGUAGUACCACCACAUCCAAGAAAUAAUAGCAAUAAUAUGCCUCCUCUUGUUUUUACAUGCCCUCCUGAAAUUGGAAAGGUUACAUGUACUAAAAAAGAUAUACAACCGGAUAUUCUCACAAAAACUGGGGUUUAUGAAUUUGAUGGCUUUAAAAAAAAUGGAACAUCUCAGUCUCUAUUCCCUCCUUUGGCUCACAAUGCCCGAGUUCCUUUCUUACCUCCACCAGCUGUACCUGGAACUCCAGAUGUUAAAGCUAUUCAGAAAAACAUCUAA